AUGAUUAAUGUUGGAAAACCAAUCAACAUCGAUCAGAAGUAUUGUCCUUACCCACCUUGUGAAAAGACGGGAGCGUCUCACGUUCAGAUAAAGGACAUUAAGUAUAAAAACAUAUAUGGGACGUCGAAGAACAAAGUGGCAGUGAAUCUACAAUGUAGCAAGAGCUUUCGUUGCAAGAAUGUUGAGCUAAUUGACAUUAACCUUGAGCAUAACGGAGUUGAGGGUGGUCCUUCCACUGCCGUGUGCGAGAAUGUUGAUGGUUCUGCUCGUGGUAAGAUGGUUCCUCAGCAUUGUCUGGCUUGA